GAUAAAAUACUAAAAUAUUCUAAAUCAGCUGGAAACUAUAAGCUAAUGGAGGAUCAGGAAGACCUUGAUGUUACAUAUUACUUACGAUCGAAGAAACGAAAAGUUGAUGACGGUGAAGAGGCUACAUGUUCGUAUACUGUCGAUAAUCAUUUUAAACGAAAAAAUCCAAUUAUGUUGAUGCCGUUAGAAAUCUUGCAAAAUGUUUUCAAGUUUAUUACAUAUCACGAACUAAGUGAAAAAGUUCGAAAAGUAAACAGAAAAUUCAAACUGGCAGCAGAAGAUUUACUGAACAAAUCCUUCAAAACUUUGUCAAAGAAACUACAGAAUCUAACCGUAACAGUUUUAAAAGCUAUGGAAUGCACAGAAGAUGACAUGGAAAUUAAAUGUUUGUGUCGGUUACUGAAUCUACUAGAUAUUAUCAAUUUCCAGCAAACUGUUAUUAUGGCCACAAUCUGGCGUUAUGUCUACAACGAAUUUUACCGCACGCACAGAUCUUGCAUGUACGGAGGUUUAAUUUUGGACCUGUAUGACCUCAUAUUGUAUAAAUUUACAAUGAAUCCUUAUCAAAUUUAUGGUCCCGCUGUUGUUAAAGACUACGCUUUACCAGAAGAAAUCAAACAUGUAAUACAUUUGACAAAAAAUUUCUGCAUCCACUUUGAUAAAGUGAGUGAAGAACCAAUUAAACAACCUCUUAGUAUCAGUGGCUGCAAAAUUGUUGAUCUUCUUGACUGCGCGACACAUGCUGCGAAGAAUGUUGUUUUCGAACGAACAACUGGUAAUACAUUUUCUGCAAAAUAUUGUUACUACUUACAAAAUGCCUGGUUUGUUGCUUUUGGUAUACCACCAGAUAAAGAAAUGUCUUUAAAACAAAAGCAAAGAAUGAUGCACAUGAGAAUUAGAAGAAUAAUUUUAGCACACACAGAAAUAUUUAUGCAGCAACAUCACUAUGAAAGAGAAAUGUUAGUGAGACCUAAUCCCAUAAUAAAAAAACCAAGUGUAGUUGUUUACACUGGAUAUGGUGAUGUACAUGAUACGUUCUUCUGCUACGGAGCAAUGAACGAUGCUGCAUAUUUACAAAAGUUUCACCUACAAGAAGAACAGAAUGACGAAGACGGUGAAGAUGAAUUUCACAACGAUGGAAUCAUACCUAAUCCUGUUCAACUAGAAGAACAAAAUGAGUUUCUUUUAAUACCACAUUUGGGAUUAGACAUCGAUGUACGAAUUGAUUGUCCCUUAGCUUAUGCACCACAUAAAUUUAUUAAAGAAAAUGAAGAACUGAUCAGAAAUGAAGAAAAAUCUUCGAAUGGAAUGUUCAAUCUUUCAAUAGAAUUUAAUUUUCCUGGGGCUUAUUACCCAAGAUUACCUACAACAUAUAAUUAUCAGAAGCGCAUAUCAACCAGACAGUACUAAUUUUUAAUCUUUAAUAAUAUUACCGUUUUUGGAAUUAUACUGCUUUUACUUCUUAGAAUACCCUGUAUACAGGUUAAAUGAUUGC